AAAAGAGACUAGGGUCGUACUCCUUGAUCAAUUGCCUUCCGUUACUCCCCUGAACGUCGACGACAUCCGAUACAGCAGACAAACACUCUGUAACAGCGCCUUCGGGCAGCUGUAGGCGCCAUGCUCCCACUCUCACAGCUUCCUUGGGGCAUCACUGCCCUCCUAGUUGCCCCAUGGCUCCCUUCAUCACUGGUUGCCGCCUCGCCAUCAGUCAAUGUUGCGCUUAAGGCAGCAUUCCCGUCCCCCCCUUAUUUGGUGGAGUUGCUGUAGGUCCAUCUUGCCCUCGAACGCGGACCAUAGCUCACGGACUUUCAGAGAAACAGCAGCUUCCGAGAAUGCGACGGCCUAUUUUCCUCUCCUCAACCGGAUUGCACAGGGGCACUUCCUUGAAGCCACGACCGACAAGGCAUUAUAUGAGAAGUUUAUCGAAGUUCUGCGCAGGGAUGGGCAUAUGGACGGGGAGGCCUUGUCGACCUUCAGGUUAGGCCUUUCCAUGCGGACGGCAGCACCCCGUGUGGAAGCACACUAUCAGUACUACACCACUGCGGUGGAACCCUCGCUCCCGGAUGACCAGGACAAGUGUGGGCAAUGGUUCUUGGUUGGUGGUAAACAAUAUUGCACUCCCGCCCUGGACGUUGCGCACGGGGAUGUCAGGGGAGACGCCCAGGAACGUGUACUGCCGUUUGAUCGCAAGAUCGGGACAGGACCCCGUGAAAUCAUUCUCUACGCUGAUAUUACGUCGCCUGACUUUGGCAACUUCCAUCAAGCCGCCCUGAAAUUGGCCCAGAACGGAGAGGGCACGUACCGGGUUAGAUACAAAAGAAACCCUGCACAACGCAGAGAAGCCCUCUCCGUCAAUGGCUACGGAGUGGAGCUCGCGCUCAAACGGACAGACUACAUUGUUAUUGAUGACCGGGACACCGGCUCCGGCGAGGCACCCCCUGAUCAAACCCCAAACCCCAUUGGGUCCUCGCAGGUGGUCCUCAACGAGGAGGAAGAGAUCACAGACAUCAAGCCACUGGAAAAGUCCGAGCUUGCGCCACUGGGCAUGAAGGCGGCGUCUUUCAUUAUGCAGAGUGAUGCGCCGUUUGAGACUCUGCUAAAGCUCACACAGGACUUCCCCAAGUACUCAACAUUCCUUGCGGCCCACAACGUGUCCGCCGACUUCAAGGCCGAGCAUGCGGGUAACCGGAGGGUGCUGCUUCCUGAGGGGGUGAACAUAUUGUGGAUGAAUGGCCUUCAGCUGAUUGAACGCCAAAUCCAACCGUUCGGACUGGUGGAAUUACUUCAGCGCGAGCGCAAGCUGAUCAAUGGUGUUCUCGACCUCGGUCUUAGCGGGCAACAGGCCAUCUCCCUGCUGGGCCACCCAGAAAUUGCUCAGGCAAGGUCGGGUGACGAAGAACCGCGCCGGUUCGACUGGCGUGAUGAGAUUGAAGACGGUCGGGUCAUCAUUUGGCUCAACAACCUUGAAAAGGAUAAGCGGUACCGCGAAUUCUCGCCGAGCAUCUAUGCCGUGAUUCAACCCAUGGGCCAUGGUCUGCCCCAAAUCCGGAAGGAUAUCUUCAAUCUGGUCGUCCCUGUGGACUUCACGAAGCCUGAGGACGUCGAAAUGGUGACAACACAGCUCUUAGGCUUCGUGAGGCGGCUUAUCCCGAUUCGAUUCGGGCUGGUUCCGCUCACACCAACUGGAGAAGCCAUUGAACAGGCCAAGGUCGUCUACUAUCUUUUGGAGAACCACGGCCUCUCAGCGGUGGUGUCCUAUCUGGAGAAGUCGCUUGAGCAGAGGAAGACGGCCAGGCCCGACCAGAACAUCCUGCUUGAGGCCAUCAAGGACCGACCUCUGCGGCCAGAGGCGAGCCCGCUGCCGUUCAACGACAUUUUCACCUCGGAGACACACGAGAAACAAAUUCACCUCGCUAAGCACUGGGUUGAGCGCCUACGCGCCGGUGGCGAGAUUCCCUCCGUCUUCCUGAAUGGCUUUGCAAUCCCUCGGGACGAACAUUGGGUCAAGGUCAUGAAUCAGAAAUUGAUGGUCGAUCUGCAAGCUCUUCAGCACGCAGCCUAUUUUGGACAGAUAAACGACAACGUUUGGGUUCCUGGCAUGUUCCUGGAGAACGCCGUCGCAAGGCGUAAUUCGUUGAUAUUCCCCGAGGAUGCGACAGAUCUAAAGGUGCUCAAUGUAAAGAAGAUUUACACCGAGCACCACGAUGUCCUCAGCAAGGUGCCAAUUAUUGAGGCUGACGAUCAGUCUAUCAAGGCAGACUGGGCUGCUCUAACGGUUAUCACGGAUCUGGACAGUCUUGACGGCCAGAAACUUCUUUACUUCGCCCUCCAGUUUCGCAGAGAUCAGCCGGGCGUCCGCGUGGAUAUUGUGCAUAACCCAAAAGACGUCACCCGCUCCGCCUCGCAGCUCAAUCAACGCAUUAAGGCUCGUGAAAGCGAACUGUCCGCAGUCAGCCGGCUCCUUGACCUGGAGACCAUUCUCCAGAGCGGUGAGGCACAGGCUGAUCCAGGUUACGACGCUGCCCUCGCAGCCUUCCUUGCAACUGCCAAGCUUCAGGCGGGCGACAACGCGUUGAUCCUCAACGGCCGUGUCGUCGGUCCCAUUCAGUCAGCCGAAGAUUUCUCGAAGGAGGACUUUGAUCAGCUUCUCAGCGCCGAGCGCGCAAGCCGGAUCUUGCCCGUUCACAAGGCGGUUGAGGACCUGGGGCUGGACGACAAGAUCUCGGGCCCCUUGGAUGCUGCCAAGGUAACCUCGGUCACCGCUCUUUCUGGUAUCUCGGAUCUCCCACAAGGCAUCUUUGGCUCAGCACCAUCUCUGAGGACAACUGCUUUCAAUAAGCUAAACUCGACGCACACAUCGUUCGAAGUCGGCGAUCCCUCGAGGGCAACCAUAUUCUUGGUUGCCAUCAUCAACCCCGCGAGCGAGGUCGGUCAAAAGUGGGCUCCCGUACUCAAAGUGCUUUCCGAGCUUGAAGGCGUCCAUCUCAAGAUCUUCCUCAAUCCUAUAGAAGAGCUAGGGGAACUUCCCGUCAAGAGAUUCUACCGCUACGUUCUUGAGUCGGCGCCUAGCUUUGACGAGCAUGGCAAGGUUAAGGCGCUCUCGGCAAACUUUGCUGGCGUUCCGCUAGACACGCUGCUCGUCGCCGGCAUGGAUGUGCCGCCAGCAUGGCUAGUGGCACCCAAGGUCUCCGUUGACGACCUAGACAAUCUGCGCAUCAAGGACAUCAAGACCAGAAGAGGCACCGAACAUAUCGAGGCAGUUUAUGAGCUCGAGAGUAUCUUGAUCGAAGGCCACUCCCGCGAAAUGCCGGCAGGCCGGCCUCCUAGGGGUGUGCAGCUCGUGCUGGGAACUGAGCGAGACCCGCACUUCGCGGACACUAUUAUCAUGGCCAACCUGGGUUACUUCCAGUUCAAGGCUAGCCCAGGCGUCUACAACCUCCGUCUGAAGGAAGGCCGGAGCUCAGACAUCUUUUCCAUGGAGAGUGCCGGCGCCCAAGGCUGGACGCCCGUUCCUGGCGACAACACCACCGAAAUUGUGCUCAUGGACUUCCAAGGUACCACGCUGUACCCACGCCUGAAGCGUAAACCUGGAAUGGAGGCAGAGGACGUUCUCGAGGAAUCCAGCGCCAACGCCGGCACCGGUAGCGCAAUGGAAUAUGUUUCAAAGGGCCUCAAGUUCGCCGAAGGCCUCUUCGGCCGCGCCAAGUCCACUCCCGAGACCAAGUCCCUUUCCGCCACGCAGCAUGCCGACAUCAAUAUCUUCUCCGUCGCCAGCGGUCACCUCUACGAGCGCAUGCUCAACAUUAUGAUGGUCUCGGUCAUGCGGCACACUAACCACACCGUCAAAUUCUGGUUCAUCGAGCAAUUCCUGUCCCCAUCCUUCAAGAACUCUAUCCCGCACCUCGCGGCCCACUACAACUUCACCUACGAGAUGGUCACGUACAAAUGGCCACACUGGCUGCGCCAGCAAAAAGAAAAACAACGCGAGAUCUGGGGUUACAAGAUCCUCUUCCUCGACGUGCUCUUCCCCCUGUCCCUCGACAAGGUAAUUUUCGUCGACGCCGACCAGAUUGUGCGCACCGACAUGUACGACCUCGUCACCCACGACCUGCACGGGGCACCCUACGGAUUCACGCCCAUGUGCGACUCGCGCACCGAGAUGGAGGGUUUCCGGUUCUGGAAGACGGGCUACUGGGCGAACUACCUCAGGGGCCUGCCAUACCACAUCAGCGCGCUGUACGUGGUUGACCUGCGACGGUUCCGCGAGCUGGCCGCGGGCGACCGGCUUCGACAGCAGUAUCACACCCUCUCGGCGGACCCGCACUCGCUCGCCAAUCUGGACCAGGACCUGCCGAACCACAUGCAGUUUCAGAUCCCAAUCCACUCGCUGCCGCAAGAGUGGCUGUGGUGCGAGACGUGGUGUAGCGACGAGACGCUCGAGGAAGCAAGGACGAUUGAUUUGUGUAACAAUCCCCAGACCAAGGAACCCAAGCUGGACCGGGCGCGUAGACAAGUGCCGGAGUGGACUGAGUAUGAUGAGGAGAUUGCUGCGCUGCUGAAGCGGCGGAGGGAGGAGCAGCAGGAGCAGCAAGCCGGGGAAGUGGAGAAGAAUACGAAGAGCAGGAAGUUUGAAGAAGACCGGGCGACCGAAACGACGAGUGUCAAGGACGAAUUGUAAAGCAGAGCAGGAUCUUGCUUUGAGAGGGUCACCUUGAGAGCAUUGCGCGAGUUCCGUUCUGAGUGCUCAUGCUGUAUUUUGUUGUCUCAUCAUCUCGGCGUCUCUCAUUCGAAGCGGCAUUGC